AUGGGGUUGUCCUGUUUCUCACACUGCUCACUUUCAAAUACUGGUCCGAACCACCCAAGGUGGCAACGAGGACCAGAGUUCCUGUACAAAGACGAACGGGAUUGGCCAGAACAAGAGAAGAACUGGGUCACUUCCGAGGAGAUGCGGAUUGUUAACCUACAUCAUCGUACCGGAACUGAGGAAAUAUUUAAAUUUGAACGGUUCUCCAAAUGGGAAUGCUUGCUGAGGACUGCUGCAGAAGAACUUCUGGAAGCAGAGUUAACUGUGGUGAGGCUGAUCCAACGUGAAUCUUUCGCAAACGAAUACGCUACACUGGUGUUCAACCAACAAGUUCCGAUGGAACAACGGAAGUUAAUUGAUAAGAACAGCAAACUAUACAAACUAUGUCCCUUUCUUGGUGGUGACGGUUUGAUACGGAAGGACGGAAGAAUCGAUGCCGCACCCUGGUUGUCAUAUGAAGCAAAGUUUCCGGCGAUUUUGCCCAAAAACCAUUACGUGACAACACUUAUCAUCCACAAUCAUCAUCGUAAGUUCGGCCACGCGAACAACGAGACGGUUGUGAAUGAAUUGAGGCAGCGGUUUCAUGUGUCCGAGAUCAGAUCGGCUGUUAGAAAGAUGUCAGAUAAUUGUAGGAAGUGCAAAGUUCCUAAGGCAAGCCCACAUCCUCCUCGCAUGGGUCCGCUUCCGGAGUCACGGUUAAAUCCAUACGUCAGACCAUUCACAUUUACAGGUCUAGAUUAUUUUGGUCCCAUCUCCAUCAGAUUAGGACGUAGUUGUGUUAAGCGUUGGGUGGCAUUGUUUACCUGUCUCACGACCAGGGCAAUUCAUUUAGAGUUGGCAUUCACUUUGGCUACGGAAUCCUGCAAGCUAGCUGUGCGAAGAUUUAUUGCACGCCGUGGUGCCCCUUUGGAGAUAUACUCGGAUCAGGGAACGAAUUUCCAAGGAGCUAGGAAAGAACUGCAACAAGAAACAAACAAGUUGAACCAUGAACUGGCUGCAACAUUUACGGAUGCGGCGACGCAGUGGAAACUGAAUCCUCCCUAUGCCCCGCAUAUGGGAGGUAUCUGGGAAAGACUUGUACGGUCGGUGAAAGCAGCUUUGGCGGCAAUGGAGAUGUCCAGGAAUCCGGAUGAAGAAACCCUCAUCACGGCUUUAGCAGAAGCAGAGUCCCUAAUAAAUAGUCGCCCACUUACGUAUCUUCCAUUGGAUACGGAGGAAAAUGAAGCACUGACUCCAAAUCACUUUUUGCUGCUCAGUUCAAACGGAGUAUGCCAACCAGUAACCAUGCAGUCGCAUAACACGUCAGCUAUUCGUUCAAAUUGGAAGCAUGUACAGGUCAUGCUCGAUCGGUUCUGGAGCCGGUGGAUCAAGGAGUUCCUUCCAAUAAUUUCAAGGCAGUCCAAGUGGUUCGGGGAAGUAAAACCGAUACAUAUUGGAGAUUUAGUCAUGAUUGUGAACGAAAUGAGAAGAAACAGUUGGGAAAGAGGAAGAGUUGUCAAGCUGUAUCCGGGGAAGGAUGGGCGUAUACGAAGCGCAGAUGUGAAGACGUCGACAGGCAUCGUUCAGAGACCGUUAACGAAACUGGCAGUUUUGGAUGUGGGGAUACAGAGUAUAUACCUCAUUCACAACAGUAAUAGCUCGGGAGUACAAAGUUGA